AAAGGAUCUAGACCCAUUGACUCUUAUUAUUGGCUUCCUUGUUCAACUUUUGUUCCCUUGUCUUUGAUUUUUCUCUCCAUCACUUAUCCCUCAUCAUAGUUGAACCGUUCAAUUCACAACAAUUCAAUCAUAAUAUUCCAAUUUCCAACAUCACCAAUCACAUAAAAUAACUAAUAUUUGUAACCACUUGUUCACUAUAUAUAUAUAUUCACAUACAAAUUCAAUCAUAUCUUAUAUGAUCACAAACCAUGGCCGUCCAAAAAAUCAUAAUAACACCAAUUUUAGUUUUUCUAGUGACCAUUUUCUUCAAUGUAUCAUCAUCAUCUUCUUCUAAUAAUUCGCAAUACCAAUUUUUAAACCAUGGUGUUAGAUCAGCAUAUUGGCCAGCAGGUGAUGAUUUUUCACCUUCUUUGAUUGACACAAACUACUUCACACACAUUUUAUUGGCCUUCAUUCAACCAGAACCAAUUUCCUUCAAACUUGAAAUCACAAAAUCCGGCAUAAAAUGGGGCCAGAAUUUCAUCAAGGCACUCCGCCACCGUUCCCCGCCGGUGAAAACACUUUUAUCAAUCGGAGGUGGCGGUAGCAAUUCAACACUCUUCUCUGAAAUUGCUAGCACAAAACAAAAUAGAGAAAUCUUUAUAAAUUCAACAAUCGAGGUGGCAAGAAAAUAUAGGUUUGAUGGUGUUGACUUGGAUUGGGAAUUUCCUGAAACUCAACAAGACAUGUUUAACCUUGGUUUGUUGUACGAGGAAUGGUAUAAUGCUUUGUUUGCUGAAGCUAAGGUUAGGAGAAAACCACGUUUGCUUUUGACUUCAGCUGUUUACUACAAUUCCACUGUUAGGCUUAUCGGUAAACAUGGGCCGAGAUCGUACCCGACCCAAGCUAUCAAUAAAUACUUGGACUGGGCCAGUCCAAUGUGUUUCGAUUAUCACGGUACGUGGGAUAAUAAUACCGACUUUAAUGCUGCUUUGUAUGACUCGAAGUCCGAAAUUAGUACCAAUUUUGGACUCCACUCGUGGAUCAAAUCGGGUGUUCGACCUGAAAAGUUGGUUAUGGGUUUGGCUUUAUAUGGACGGGCGUGGGAGCUUAAGGAUCCAAAUGUCAACGGGGUGGGAGCGGAGGCGGUGGGGCCUGCAACUGACACGGAUGGUAGUAUGAAUUAUAAUGAGAUUUUGAAAUUUAACAAACAGAGUGGUGCUAAUGUUGUGUAUGAUAAGGUUGCUAUAUCUUUUUAUUCUUAUGCGGGUACGACUUGGAUCGGGUAUGAUGAUGGGCCAUCCAUAACGACUAAGGUUCGGUUCGCUAAGUCUUUGGGCUUAAAGGGCUAUUUCUUUUGGGCCCUUGGGAAGGACAAGGAUUGGAGCAUCUCAAAACAAGCUUCAAAUGCAUGGGGACACUGACACUAUAUCGAGUUUUAUUUCAUGUAAUCCUAGACCUUUAUAAUUGAUACAGAGUUAUUAUUGUAGUUGAAUUCAUUGUACCAUCAUAUUCUUGAAUAGUAUUAGUUGCAAAUAUAC